GUGUGCUGGAGUUGUGUUCUCUAAAGUUGGCAAAACUGCUGCUUCAGCCUUGGCUGGAAGUUUAUUAAUGUUUCAGAUUGCUCAACGACAAGGUUAUAUUAAAGUCAACUGGAAUAAAGUAAAUCGAGACAUUGAAAAAGCAAAAGGCAAACUAGACAAACAUUCAAAAGAAGAAAUACAUUGGUUUGUUCAAGAAACUAAAAACUUUGUUAACGAAUAUAAAUUUCUUGUCACUGGAUUUGCUGGUGGUUUCCUCAUAGCUAUAUCUAUGUGCUAGACAGAGUCUGAUCUAUAUUUAUGGAAUUCAUAAUUAUAUGUUUGAAAAUAGUUUUUAUUUGUUAAUAUGUAAGUGAUAUAAAAAUUUAACCUAAAAUAAAGUUUAUGUGUUCAAUGUGUU